AUGGAUCCUCAAGAACUAAAAAUCAGCUUGUCCUAUCGCUCCGAGUAUAUCUCGGACCGUGCUAGUGUUAUUGAAAGAGAAUCAGGAAAGAUGGCGAUGUGGGAUGUACUCUCCAACCUUUGGGAGCCCAAGGACAACCCGGAUGGAAUCGUCAACCUCGGCAUGGCGCAAAACUGGCUUCUGCGAGAAAGUGUCUCGCAGCGGAUUCGCGACAGCUUUGACCCUCCAUCAAGCGCGCUUACGUAUACCGAGGGUACAACGGGUUCAAAGCGGCUGAAGGAUGCAAUGUCCAGAUUCAUUAACCACCACUUCUUUCCUUUCAAACAGGUUCUGCCGGAGCACGUCUCCGUGACAAACGGAACCACUUCAGCCCUCGAACAUGUUUCGUGGGCUCUUGCGGACCCUGGGGAAUAUUUCAUCGUUGGCCAGCCAUACUAUAUGAAUUUCGUCCCCAAUCUCACAUGGAGAUUUGGCGCCCGACUGCUCACUGUUCCUUUUGAGACGGAUGAUGAUAGGUUCAGUGAAGUCGCUGUGGAGAGGUAUCAGCAAGCCCUUGAUAACGCAAAGGCCGAAGGGAAGAAGGUUGCUGGGAUUAUUCUCUGCCACCCCCACAACCCUCUUGGAAGAUGCUAUCCUCGCAAGGUGCUAAUAGGUAUGAUGAAAGUGGCUCAGGAGCACUGCGUCCAUCUGAUUUCUGACGAGGUAUAUGCCCUGUCCACCUGGGAAAAUACCGUCGACAAGGAAUGCACCCCCGACAACUUUCAUUCUCUGCUGUCAAUUGAUCCAAACGGCAUCAUAGAUAGCCAUCGGGUGCAUGUUGUAUGGGGCAUGUCGAAGGAUUUUGCUGCUAAAGGCUUACGAAUCGGAGCCUUGAUUUCCCAGUACAACAGUCACCUGCACAGCUCUCUCGUCGAGGCCGGAACCUUCACCAUGAUCUCCUCGUUUUCGGACCAUAUUGCCGUUAAUCUCUUAGAGGACGAGGAAUGGCUCCAGUGGUACCUUCCGGAGCACCAGAAGCGGCUCUCGCAGAACUACGCAAAGGUCGCUAGAUGGGCCCAGAACCAUGGCAUCAACUACGCAAAGGGUGCCAAUGCUGGGCUCUUCAUGUUUGCUGAUCUAGGAACCAAGUACCGAGAGACACACGAUGUGUCCCCGACGCAGAAUAUAACCCAAUUGGUGCAGGGUGCUUUGAAAGAGCAUAAAGUGUAUGUUUCCUCGGGAGACGAUUUUGGUUGCGAGAAACCCGGCUGGUUCAGAAUUGUCUUCUGUGUUCCAGACUACUGUCUUUUCGAGGGACUUGGGCGUAUUAUCGAGGCCCUACACUAA